UUCCUUUGCGGAAGGCAAUAGUGAUGCUAGCGACCUUGCUGGGAGCGUGGUGUCCACAAGAAUUUAACAAUCGGUUAAACCUUUAAAACCAUCGUAUAUGGACCACAUAAGGUGACAGUUGGGUGUUUAUAGUGUCAGCGAUAAUAUUCACACGAUGAUGUCCCUCGUUAAGGCUGCGGUCGGUGGAUUCAUGGGAGUUUGUAGAGCUCACGGUCACCAGCAAGGUCCUUUGGCUGGCCACUUGAAAAUCCUCACUGCUGCAAUGAAGACAUUCGACAUCCCUCCAGACUACAGCGGUGUCGUACUGCCAGCGAAACCUAAACUAAAGUAUAUGAACAAGGUGCCUAACUUGAAAAAGGCCAAGAAAGAGGCGAAGAAGCUGAGGGACAUCCAGGGUCCAGCUAAGACAGCGAACGCUUUCAUGACAGGACAGUACGCCAUUGUGGCCAUGGGAGGGGGCUACCUCCACUGGGGUCACUUAGAGAUGAUUCGUCUGACUAUUAAUCGAAAGUUGGAUUCCCGGACCACGUAUACGCGGUGGCGUGUUAAUGCCCCAUAUAAGCCCAUCACACGUAAAGGUCUGGGUCAGCGCAUGGGUGGCGGCAAGGGAGCCAUCGACCACUACGUUACGCCGGUCCGUUCCGGGCGUUUUAUCGUGGAGGUGGGAGGCAAGGUGGAGCUGGGGGAGGUUGAGCAUGUCCUGAUUGAAGUUGCCAAGAAGCUUCCCUUCCCUGCCAAGGUAAUGAGUAGAGAGAGCCUGGCAGCCUUUCAAAAGAUGCAAAGUGAUAUGGAGCAGAACAACCAGAAUCCCUGGACUUUUAAGCAGAUUGCACAGGGCAACAUGUUGGGUAUCAGGAAGGUGCUUAGCCCCUCUGACCUGCACAACCAUGGACGCUAUACAGGCAAAUUUUGGUUGCAGGGGAGGGUGUGAAAGACAGACGUGAGGAUCAGUUUCUGAUACAAUGCUGCAGCAUCUUCCAGACCACACAACUGAAGAAGCAACCAAGACUUUUGAAACACUGUCCUGCAGUUGAUGAAAAGUAAUGGACAUGAUUGUGGAUUUCAUUAUUUCGUCACUAUUAAAUGGGAUGGUUAUUUUGUCCCAGCAGUAAAAAAAAUAAAUAAAAAGCCAAAUAAAGGAAAAAAACUCUUCAUUUGUAAAUUGUAUUCAUGUGUGAAAACAAACAUAUCAUGGUUAGUGAACAACUGUUUCAAGGAGCAAUAAAACAAUGACUACUUAGAUAAAUGUUUAUUAUGAGAAGCUGUACCUACUGAUUUGUCAUUCUGAUGAAUGAAAUAGGCCGAUAACAUCCAGAAGAAGAGAGAACAGAAGAUGAGUAAACUGAAUAAAUAAUCCACGACCCGGCUAUCUACACGUACCGACGCUGCCGUCCAUUGGAACGA